GCCGGUCACGUAGCUCUGCGGCAUCGCAGCCCCAUUUACCGCGGGGCCGGAGCGCGCAGCCCGCAGAUCGCUCCCGCCGCCGCCCGCCCUGCACGCCACCGCCACCAUGACGCACCAGUACCCUGCGCUGACGGCCGAGCAGAAGAAGGAGCUGUCGGACAUCGCCCUGCGGAUCGUGGCCCCGGGCAAGGGCAUCUUGGCUGCCGAUGAGUCCGUAGGGAGCAUGGCGAAGCGCCUCAACCAGAUUGGGGUGGAGAACACGGAGGAGAACCGCCGGCUGUACCGCCAGAUCCUCUUCAGCGCUGACAGCCGGGUGGAGAAAUGCAUCGGGGGCGUCAUCUUCUUCCACGAGACCAUGUACCAGAAGGCUGAUGACGGCACACCCUUUGUCCAGAUGAUCAAGGACAAGGGCAUCGUUGUGGGCAUCAAGGUGGACAAGGGUGUUGUGCCACUGGCUGGGACGGAUGGCGAGACCACCACGCAGGGUCUGGACGGGCUGUCGGAGCGUUGUGCUCAGUACAAGAAGGACGGGGCUGACUUUGCCAAGUGGCGCUGCGUGCUGAAGAUCAGUGAGAACACCCCCUCUGCGCUCGCCAUCAUGGAGAACGCCAAUGUCCUGGCCCGCUACGCCAGCAUCUGCCAGCAGAAUGGCAUUGUGCCCAUCGUGGAGCCAGAGAUCCUGCCUGAUGGUGACCACGACCUCAAGCGGUGCCAGUACGUGACAGAGAAGGUCCUGGCGGCUGUCUACAAGGCUCUGAGUGACCACCACGUCUACCUGGAGGGGACCCUGCUGAAGCCCAACAUGGUGACUCCUGGGCAUUCCUGCCCCACCAAGUAUGGCCCUGAGGAGAUCGCCAUGGCCACUGUCACCGCCCUGCGCCGCACGGUGCCCCCCGCCGUGCCAGGUGUCACUUUCCUGUCUGGGGGUCAGAGUGAGGAGGAGGCUUCCAUCAACCUCAACGCCAUCAACACGUGCCCGCUGCUGCGGCCAUGGGCCCUGACCUUCUCCUACGGGCGGGCUCUGCAGGCGUCUGCGCUGAGCGCCUGGCGUGGGGAGCCGGACAACGCCAGCGCUGCCACCGAGGAGUUCAUCAAGCGUGCAGAGGUGAACGGGCUGGCAGCGCUGGGCCAGUACGAGGGCAGCGGGGACAGCUCGGGGGCCGCCGGGCAGUCCCUCUACGUGGCCAACCACGCGUACUGAGCCCUGGCCGGGUGCCCCACUGGCCCCGGCCCCCUCCCCACCACUGCUCACAUCCCGCUUCCACCCCAGCCACCCCGGGGAGCCGCCACGUGGGGAGGGGAAGGGGAGCACACCGCGUGGGCCAUCAUUGUGUCCGCAGAUGAAGUAGGGGGGCCCGUGUUACCCGGCCCCCAGAGGGAGCCACCCGGGUGCCCCUUGGGCAGGGGGCUCCAGCCAGGCCGUGGGGGGCAGGAGGGGGAGGCCCGGGGGUGCCCCUGCCCUGCCGUAGCUUCGCAGUCCCGGUCGCUGCCGCCCUUGGGGCGCCUGUGUUGUGUUUGCCGUGUGCACCCCGUGUACCAAAUAGCCUAACAACGAAUAAACGGUAGAGACAG